UGCCUCGUGCUAGAUGCACGCUCCGUGAGGACGCGCCCUGACACCCGGACAAAUUCACAUUGAGAUCUAAUAAACGACGCAGUACCUUCGGGGAAAUAUAUUCCGCUGACUAAAUAUAUUUAUUCAGUUGCUUUUUCUUGAUAGCCUGUGUUUAAAGAGCUCAGGAGAAUGUUUCCUGUGGCUUGGCUCCUCCUCCUCCCUCUGGUCUCCACCCAGACAUACCAUUGGGGUCCGUGCCCUAACCCCAGUGUCCAGCCCAAUUUUGACCUGCAGAAGUACCUGGGCACGUGGUAUGAGAUAGCCAAACUCCCAGCAUUCUUUGAGAGAGGGAAGUGCAUCCAGGCCGACUACUCUCUGAGGGGCGAUGGCACCAUUAGAGUCCUCAACUCCCAGUUCUAUAAAGAUAAGGUGCGAACUGCAGAAGGGACAGCUGUCGUCCAGGAACCAAACAACCCGGCCAAACUAGGAGUCAGCUUCUCCUUUUUCUCGCCCUACAGUCCCUACUGGGUGGUGAGCACUGACUACGUGAGUGGAGCGGUGGUGUACAGCUGCACCGACGUGUUCAGGAUUUUCCAUGUGGACUACGCCUGGAUCCUGGGACGUUCGCGAUUCCUGCCGGCCGAAACCGUGGAGUACGCCAGGCAGCUACUGGCCAAAGAGAAGAUCGACACCUUCAUGUUGAGUGUCACUGACCAAACAGGCUGUGACUAGAUGGUGGGUCAGAGGACAGGGUCAUGUCGAUGUUCACUAGUUCUUACGCCUAAGGCAGUCCUUUUCUGUUCCUGGUGCCUGAUACCCAUGUCGUGUGAGCCCCGCCUCUAUAAACAUGGAUUCUGUUAAUAUUAUUCUGUACAGCAGUGUGCAGUACAUAUACAUAGACUACUGGAAUUGUUCUUAUAAUCACCAACAACAGACGUUGACGUUGUACUGUCACAUGUAUUUUACAUUCAGGGACUUGACAGUCUGUUGUUGGAAUAUGCCAAGGUUUAGUAUGUACAGUAAUUAAUGUUUAUCUAUGUAUCCAUGGUGACAUUUGAUUUGUGGGAUGAAUAGGAUGCUGACAGGAUAAGUGAACUCACUGGCUUCAGAAUGAAUACAGGCAGUUUCGGAAUGUUACGAAUUAAAGUUUAGUUUUGAAACCAGA